CACAACUGUGUUGUUUUGGGUAGGGCUAGAAUUUUUUUUUUCAUCAGUUUCCACAAUUUUGUGAUGUGAAACACUUGAAGUUUAUUCUGGUCAAACAGAAAAAGAUUUUAUCGAGAUUUUUCAAAUUCCAUUACACACGAGAGACUCGAAGAUCGAUACAUACAAUUUUUUUUUUUUAUUAUUUUAAAUUAAAUGUUCAAUGUUUUGAAGCUGAUUUUGAUAUUUGAUGAAAAUUAUCAAAAGAACUAGGACAAAUUUUUAAUGUAAAUAAAAUAAUAAUAAUGAUGAUUCUUCAUAGAAAACGUAGACUUGGCUAAUUCUUCUUUGAGUCAAGAAAAAAAAAAAAAAAAUUCCACAAUCAUUCGAUUCAGAAAAGAAAGAAGAAAAAAAAACACAGAAUCAUGCAAUUUUCACGAAAAAUGAGUGCACAAAAUGUGAUGGCAAGUGUAUCGCGAGCAUUGGGAACACAUCGUGACAGUAAAUGUCCAAAUGAAAUUAAACUUGCACAACACGAGAGCAAAGAGAGUAUUUAUGAGCCAAAACAUAAUAAAAAAUUAAUUCGUGUCUUAACAGUAAUUGCAUAUUUAAUUUCAGUUAGUUUAGCUGCAAUUAUUUUGUCACUUUAUUAUGCAUUUAUUUGGGAUCCAAGAGAUCGUGGACAUUAUGCACUUAAACAAACAUCAAGUCAAUUCAAUUUCAAUAAAUAUGAAAAUAUUUCCAAUCACAUUUAUAAUACAAUUCCCGAGCAAUUGACACAACAUAAUUUAAAUAAAACAUUAUUCGCUAAUUUAUCUCGUAAUCUUAGUCAAAUUCAUCAUAAUUUCAUGGGAAUUCAUCAUAAUUUUACAAAAAACUGAUUAAUUUAAAAAAAAAUAAAAAAAAAUAAUUAUACAUAAAUACUAGAAAAAAAUAAUAAUAAUUUAAAUAUGUAGAGUAAUUUUUAUGUUCCGGAUCUCAUAAAAAAAAUUUUUUUUAAUUCCAUUAUUUUUGUUUAAAAAACGAAAAAUUUUUUUAUCCGGAAAAUAAAAAUCAUGCUGUAUAAAAAAAGUGAAUAUCAUUGAUAGUUAAUUAUAUAAGGAAGAGUGGGACGUGACCAAUUAAUUAAGAAUUUUUGAAUUUGAAAAUUUUAUUUAUCAAAUUAUUCCCACCCUCCCCUACUGUUAAUUAUUGUGACAAAAAAUCAAAUAUUUCCGCGUGUACGUAACUAUAAAAAGAAAAAAAAAAAUUAUUUUCUUUUUCCAAAUAGAAAAUAUAAGUGUCUCUUGUACCUUCUAUUUUAUAAUAAUGUAUUAGAAAAAUUGAUAGAUUUUGUUAAAAAAAAAUUAUUUUAUUAAUUCCCCAAAAAAAAUCGUUCCAAUUCUUUAUUAAAUUUUCGAAAAAUUAAAUACUUAUAUUUUAUCAUAAAUAUUAGCUAACUAAAAGUUUUUGAUUAUUUAUUUAAAUCUCUUUCUCAUGUGAUAAAAAAAGCAAAAAAAAAAAUCUCGAAUUUUUUAUUUAGACUAUUAACUUCGAUUUAUAAUAAUUGUAAAUAUAUUUAAAUUUAGGGGAAAAAAAAAUUACUUUUGUUAUACAGAAAAGUAUUCAUCGUAUAUAUAUAUUUAUUCAAAUCUAAUAAAAAUUCUAAUUAAAAUGUA